ACCACGUAGGCGUCCGGAUGUUUGGGCGGGACCUAAUAACAAGGCGUGGCAAACAUAAUGGCACGGCGCUGUUCAGGCCACAACAACGUAGGAAACUCAAUUGGAGCUAAAAAGGAAGUCGUGAGAGCCUCAAGAUACAAGCUUUUAAAGGAUAAACCAUUGAGCGACUACAUUACAAGACAUGCUUGGCAGCAAGAAGCACAACAAAAUGAUGAGAAUCGUCGGGCUGCAUUGGGCAGCUUUGAUGUAGAAAACUAUUGUCGUCGUGGUGACACGGUUCGGAUAGGAGUAAAUGGUAGAGUGCGACAGCCUUCUCGAAACGGUGUUAGCGAGCAGUGGUAUGAAUACUGGGAAGAGAUGGAUCCACUGAUGAUGUACGAUAAAUAUAAUCAACUGCUGUGGAAAAUAAACGAGAAGAAUGGAACCCUAAACGUAAAGAGAAAAUCUGAAGUUUAUAGUUGGACUGAUCAUGUACCUGUACCACUCUGCUGGGAAGAUCAACUGUCUGAUUCGAUGGUUACAACUGUUGACACAAGCAUUCGAACGAAGACUGAGCAGCAAACACAUACCGAAUGGCAGAAAGAAGAUGAGCAUUGGAGAUACAAUGGGGAACAAAAGGCAGUAGACUGUUUAAAAAAUCAGCAUGAUGCAGCCAUCGCAGUGUCAUCAAUUGAUGUUAACAUCAGCUGCAAACAAAGCAAACUUUUAUUUAUUACACUGCAAUCACAUUUCGGCUCUGAAUUAAAGCCUGCCCUUGAUACGUGGAGCUUUGAUGUCCACGUGGUUGACAAAACUGACAGCCGACAAUCAACCAGAGUGUUCUCUUCUGUCAAGCCUCAACUGCACAACAGCAUGUAUAUGUACAGCCUGCAGUUUGAUAUAUCGAGGGAUUUGCAAUGGAUUACUUCCAUCAAUCAGCUUUAUGGGAGAGAGUUUCACGUUACGGUCACAGUGUCGUACCCUUGGACAUUUCAUCUCUGCUCUCAGAUUAUACAAAUUGGUGACGAAGCAGUAGCGACAAAUCAUAUUUACAUGGACGAGAACAAGUCUAUCCACAGUGAUGAUGACGAUGAAGAUGUCAUGUCUGUUUCUUCACUGCCAACCAUGUUGUUAAGUGGAUUUGAAGUCAGGAAUGAGACAGAGAAAGAGACAUUACCCUAUCUUGUUCAAGGCAGUGAUUGCUCUCUCCAAGGAGAUUGUCCAAUGCCAAGUGGGCACAAAAACAGUUUUGUUUUUGGUGAGAAACAGGCAAGAGACAUACAGAGUCUCUUAACAACAGAAGAUAUAAUGCCUGUGAUGGAGAAAAGGACAUCUACAGGUACUUCCUCUCUUUUGGUUGCUAGAAGUAAAAACUGUGGAAAAUAUAGCAGUUCAAGAUCACCGACCCAAUGUAUUGGAACUAUGUUUCCAAUGCAGCAAACAUCAAAGCACCAACUACUUGAUGCAAAUGGUUCUGUUGUUGUACCCAAGUUUGUUGAAAAACAAAGGAAAUCAUUCCUGCGAGCACAGUAUGUUUUCACAACCCCAAAACUGACUUCUAGAAUAAAGACACAGACCGACAAACCACCGGAUGUAAAAAGAGUUCGUCAACUGAUUGAACCUGUAGGUGACAAUAAAGAGACUAGGCUCAAGGGAAAUAGUUCUAGAGUGGAAGGAGACAAACAUAGAAUACAUUCAAAUACACAAAUUACACAUACACUCAGUCAUUCGAUGGUCAGUCAUCUACAGAGACCACACAGAGAUUCAACAACAUUAUCACGCACCAAGUCAGCUCCUAUUCUGCCAACUCAACCUGUUGUAUCUCUAACAGGCCUGUGCCCAACCACCACAUACAAGACUUCCAGAGUUGAGACAACAGGAAGUAGCAGGAAUCACAUGUUUGACCAGGAGACAUUACACUGUUUGUCUUCACAUCUCUAUAUUCAGCCUGUCAGAGCCAAAUGAACAUAACAACUGCCAAGAGAAUUUCAUCAGCUAUUCAUGUGUGUCACAUCAGUAAUGACUGUGUAACUUUCUACUUUUUGACAUUGAACAAAGUUUCUGUUGAUUUUUAUAAUAAAGAAAUUUAGAUUUUCAAUCAGUUGGCCUAUUUACACUAAAGGAUUAUUCCAGUUCACCAUAAACCUAGCAAAGUGGCAGAAGUUUAUCUAAAUUGUUUACUGGUCAGUAGAUGUAA